GGCACUACAGUUCGUACAGAGAAUUCACCGAAGAAGAAGACGAACACGGAAGCGUCUCAGUGUUUCUAAUCUGCACUACUGUUACUGUAUGUAUUAGUUUUAUUUGUCUGAUACGAAAUGUGUACUGGUUGUGUGCAGAAACAGUAUCCUGACAGGGGUCAUACCUGUCUGGAGAAUGGUUCAUAUCUUAUGAACUUUCUCGGCUGUGCUAACUGUCACCAGCGGGACUUUGUGCUGAUCAGCGACAGGACGAUGGUGAAUGAAGAUGAGGAGGAGGUUGUCACUUACCUGCAUAUGUGCAAGAACUGUGAUCAUGUCAUAGCCAGACACGAGUACACCUUCACUGUGGUGGAUGACUAUCAGGAAUACACAAUGUUGUGCAUGUUGUGUGGAAAAGCAGAGGAUUCCAUCAGUGUGCUGCCAGACGAUCCCAGACAAACAGCACCUCUGUUCUAGAGUAUUUGCCCAGACACAGAGACAGGGAAUUGACUUCUUUGUAAAGAGCAUGGUUAUGCAUGAUGGAGGGAGCCAUAACACAUGCAACAUUUUAUAUACGCUUAGCACUGGAGAACAUGUUUAAUCCAGAAGAAUAUACAGCAGAAUUCAUUGUGCUCUUUGUUUCUACUGCUUCAGGGAAGGCUCUAAGGUUCACAGCACAGCUUUGACUCAUAAAGAUACAUGCAUUUGAGUCAUUCACAAAUAUUAAACCUAAUUAGGAAUCGCUUGUGUUUAUCUGAUAAUCAUCCUGUUUGAUUCACUCAAAGUGUAUGGAACCCCGUUUCUGGCAAAUAGAAAAAUAAAAAAAGAUAAUUACAAAUUUUUAUCUCACAA